AUUCCAUUUCAAACAUUAUUAACACAAACACGCGGUGUUUGAGGUGUUUUGUGGAGUUAAAUCCGCCGUGAAGUCUGUUUUGUUGUUGUUUUCGCUGUUGUAGUUGACGGAGACAAGUGCUAAGAAGCUAACUCUGACUUGUUAUGAAUCUGUUUCUGUGACUUUUUCAUUUGAGGGAAAAACUCGUUCUUAAAAAUCAAAGACAGACAAAUAGAAGGUCAGUUAAAGGAUAAAUAUUGAUUUAAUAACUAUGUCAAGUUUGAACCUAAGUUAGAAGGCAGGAUUAUGUGCCUUUUUUGGAAAGACAGGUUUGCCCUUUAUCAUUUUAAAAUCUCAUUAUUAGUUUAUGUAGAAAGUAUGCUCUUACUAUAUAAUAAUCCAGUCAUUUUUAAAAUAAUCUGGACUGUAAACUGCCAUGAAGUUAAUAAUAUGUCGAUCAGUGUUUGUCAAACCUGGAAAUGAUGGUUGAAAAGUGCUCGACUUUGACAUUAGAGGAGUCGAAUGAAGUGUUAAACCAAAUGGAGACGUUAUAAAUGCAUGACUGUGUCACUGCUCUAAGAAUAUCAUUCACUCUUUAAUUACACAUGGCUGCAGUCGUCAGGUCUCUCUGUUAAUUCAAGAAAUGCCUGUCUGUCCGUCUGUCGUUCCUUUUUCUUCUACUUAUGAUUUCCAGGCUGCAUGCUGAGAGGCCCGAAGCUCUCUGUCACAGUUAAAAGUUCUUUUCCUCUCUUCUUCUUUGUAAGUUCCGGCUCUUCACUCAAAGGUGCAAUGCUGCCCUCCACAGUCUGAAGAUCAAUUUUAAAUCACGAUGAGAGCGAGAUCACUCACUCAUCCUUAUUCUCUACACAUUCCCAAAUUCUUCUGGAUUCUUCCUAAUCUGCAGUUCUUCAGCUCGAGAAGUUCAAAGCCUCCCGUCGCAGAUCAAAGUCUCAUCUCGUCAGUCUCAUCCUUCUUCUGACACACACAACCCCCAUCCACCGUCUCACCAGACACCCCCACCUCACCCUGCCAAAGUUUACAUCCCAUAUUGAUCUCUCCUAAAACAGUGUGAUCAGUGUGAAGAAGGAGGAGGAAAAGACAAAAAGGCAGAGUCACAACAUCUCUCUGUAGAUUCAAGUAAUGUCGUCACUGUCCAACUGUACACGUGACUGGUGACAGACUGUGUUUCCUGAAUUCCCGUCCUGGUACGAAGAGGCUGUCGCAUUAGAAUUCAGGCUAAAUCUCAACCAGACUUUUGAGGUCUCAAACACUUUCUCUAACCGAGAGAAUUCAUGUGCUGAUGGAGUUUCAACGGUUUGAGUUCUAGUAUCUUUAUUUAGGUCACAUACACACAUCAUCAAUUACCGUAACACAACAAACAAAUAAAUAGAUACAAUAGAAUAAGGCUGAUUACUGCAGGAAUAAAUGACUGAAAAGAUCAAUGUCUACAGGAAUUAAUCCAUACUGAGAGUGAGCUGGAAGAUUGUGGAUGAUGCUUCGCUGCAGGAAGUGUCGGAAAGGCGUCAUAGACUCAACGUGUUUGACCACAGAGGAGGCCACAGAUGAAGGCUCAGCUGCUGUUUGCAGUAUUUGGCACGUGAAUGUCGACGCGCUGCCACAGUGGAUACUGACGUCACUUCACCAGGCUCAGUGGACUGUGGGGAAACUGAAAUGUCUCAACUGCGGAGCUCGUUUGGGCGGCUUCAACUUUGUCAAUCGCAGUAAAUGUCCCUGCGGCCGGGACGCCAACGUUCACCUCAGCAAAAGCCGCGUGGACUCUGACCACAAGCACAACGCUUUCAUCGUCCGGCCGAGGGACGCAAGGCUCGAGACGAGUCUUGCUCUUCCUCCGACAGGCGACUCUGAGAACAACGAGGACAGUCUGUCAGUCGCCGGCCCCUCAGACGCCACUGAUGGUAAAAAUACCACCUCGUUUCCUCUCAGUCGCCUGCACUGUGUCUCUCACAGCAGAAGGUGCAGUGUGGAGGAUGACGCCACCUUCAGGUCUUCAUGUUUUUGUACUUCAGUUGUCAGGGAAAGGCCGGUUGUCGAUUUGACAAUGGCAGACAGACAGACAGACGAUGAGUCUACACUGUUACCCGUCUCGCGUCCUUCAACUCAAGAGACUGACACAGACGCUGAUGAUGUCGUUGCUGUCACUUCACUUGUUUCUGGAGGGCGGCAGCUGCAAACUGUGGAAGCAGUGGAAUCAUCUGUGGAGACCACGACUGUUCACCAGGAAGAUUCGGAUUCUACACUUUUCCUCAGAGGACGAACCGCUGAAGACGAAGGAACAGAGCUUCGAGCCUCGUCUGCGUCGAGGAGCCUGAGCAGAAGAGAGAAGAACCGUCUGAAGUCUCAGCGGCGGAAACAGAGGAGAAGAGAGCGAUGGCUGCUCAGUCAGCAGCAGGCUGAUGUUGACAGUGAUGGUGAGGAGGAGGAGAAGGAGAAGGAGAAGGAGGAGGACCGAGAGAACCUCACCUGCACCGUGUGUCUGGACGUCUACUUCCGUCCACACAGCUGCGAACCCUGCGGCCACGUCUUCUGCGAGCUGUGUCUCCGCACGCUCGCCAAGAACCGACACACGAAGACCACUUGCCCUCUGUGCCGCACCCUCAUCUCACACACCGACCUCCACACAGAGUUGGACCAGGCUGCAAAGACCUCCUUCCCUAAAGUUUACCUCGCCUGCCAGCAGAACUUCACCAACGCACUGUGUGCAAAAUGGCCUCUGCCCAGCGGUCGCAAACGCUUCUGGGGUAAGAAACUGACGAAGAUUCCUCUGGUUUUUAUGCUUUUGUUCAGACUAAAUCGGGUUUGUAUCACUUUGUCACCCCACAGAAAACAACUACUAAGCACAAGGUCUGAACCAUUUAUAAUGACCUGUAAUUCAUGUAAUUUAAUAAUGACACGCACACAUGCUGCCGUCACCACUCUUUUGAAUACACUGCAAAUGUUAGUUUUCGUUACUUUAUUAACAAUUUUAAUAAGUCUUACUGUAAACAGCAUUCAAGUAUUUUUUUUUAUGCUAGGAUCAGACUACACGAUAUGUUCAUAACUGGGUCCAAAUCGCUUGAAAAUCGGCCUAAAUUUGUGUCGUCUGAUCCCAAGUAGGAAAAUCACUGACGAAACCUUGCAUCACUCUGAAAAUAAUGUUUGUUUGUUUUUCUUUAAAGCACACGUUAAUCUUAUAAAUGUGUUUGUAACUGUAGUCGUCCGGAGGCCGGCGGUGACACAGAGGUCACACUGGCACUUGUUCCACGGAAACUUCCGGUUCGGGUUUUCUCACUUUGCCACCGUGUGUUUGCUCUACACGGCUCUGGUCG